AUGCCUGAUCCCUUCUUCGCUGACAUUGUGGCUGUUUUCCUGGGGAUGCAUGGCAAACCGAUGCACACCAGCACCCCAUCACCACCAACAUCAUCACCAAGCACCGACACCCCAACAUCACCAGCAUCACCAAGCACCGACACCCCACCACCACCAACAUCAUCACCAAGCACCAGCACCCCACCACCACCCACAUCACCACCAAGCACCACCACCUCACCACCAAGCACCACCUCCACAUCAUGCAUCCUAAAAUUGAGUCAUCUUCUGAUGGAAUUUAUCAACCUCCUUUUCACAUGUAUUCUUAAUUUGUGCAUGAUGAAGGCAGAAGCAAGAGGACCCAUUUAUCGAUUACCAUGUGACAACAAUCAACAGUGUCAAGUUGGGUGCAAAAAUCCAAAUUGUGGGUGUUCAUCAAUCACCCCACCAAGUACCACCACACCAUCCUCAACCACCACACCAAGCACCAUCACCACACCAUGGUUCACCACAUCACCAACCACCACACCAUCACUUACCACACCACCACCAACAUCAUCACCAAGCACCAACACCCCAGCACCUCCAACAUCAUCACCAAGCACCAGCACCCCACCACCACCAACAUCAUCACCAGGCACCAACACCCCAGCACCUCCAACAUCAUCACCAAGCACCAGCACCCCACCACCACCAACAUCAUCAUCAGGCACCAACACCCCAGCACCUCCAACAUCAUCACCAAGCACCAGCACCCCACCACCACCAACAUCACCACCAAGCACAACCACCACACCACCAAGCACCGCCUCCACACCAUGCACCCUCAAACUGAGUUAUCUUCUGAUGGAAUUCAUCAAUCUCCUUUUCAUAUAUAUAUUAUAAGUUCUUAAUAAAAUGUUGUUGUUUCUUGUCUCA